AAAUGGCAAAGAAACCCUAUUUGGUAUAAACUAACCAAAAUGCAGAUUGUGUAUUUAUUAACUGUAGGUCAAGGAAGGUCGAAUGCAUCUACAAGACCAAAGCGUAAGCCAAAAUAUAAAAAAAAAUCAUGUGUUACUAAAGUCGCUUCUCAAAGCAGUUCUGAAGUCGGAAAUUUAUAUACAUAUUACAAUGACGAAACUUUGGGAAUUAAGCAAGAAAUGAUCGAAAUCGGAUAUGAGAAUCGUGAAACUGUAGACAUCAAGGAUGAAAUUACCCAAGAUCUAGAAACGGAAGAAGUUACAGGCCGAAGUUUGAAUACAAGAUAUGAGACAAAAGUAUGCACAGUGUAUAUAAGAGAAGGUAUAUUAUCUGAUAACGUAAAACAGCCGAUUCAAAAGAAGCAGCAAGUUCCGGAUUCAAAAUCAGAAAAUAAAUUCAAAUGCAAAAAGUGUGCACGAAGCUACAAAAGAGUGUCUCACUUAAAUAAUCAUCUAAAAUACGAAUGCGACGUCAUACCACAGUUCGUUUGUAAAUUAUGUGACAGACGAUUUAAACGGAAUGAUCAACUGAACAGACACGUGCGUCGUGUUCAUCUUAAGUCAAAUUUAACGAUAUCUGAAGCAACUUAUAAUUGUGACAUUUGUUCACGGAGUUAUAAAUACUUACGGGGUUUAACUCGACAUAAACGUGAAAUACAUGCAGGAAUCAAACGACAAUUUACUUGCGAUUAUUGUGGACACAUAGCGAGUCAGAAAAUACACUUGGGAAUACACAUCUAUUCUCACCAUUUCAUGUAAUUUAGUAGGCGAAACUUAAAUCCCUAGGGUAUUCUUUUUCAUACUAAGUGAGAUCUCAAAGCAUCAGAAUACAAAUUCAAAUACUUCUCAAACCAAAUCUUAUUGUUAUCUAGAAAGAAGCUAACGUUUGGAAACAUAGCAGUCCAUCAAAAUUUUUUUGGUAACAUUUGUCGUCAAAAUAGCAAAAAAAAAGCUGUCUUGUCAAGAUAUAUGCCUUCACGCCAUUGUACGCAAUAAAGUAUUUAGGGAUGAGUUAGGUAUGGUGUCUGUGCGGGCUAUGAUGAGAAUCACAAAUAAGGGCCGUAUUUUAUUGAUUUUUAUAAUUUGUUUACAUAAAAUAGAUUUCUAUGAUUUGAUAAAUAUUCAUUUAAUCCAAUUGCUAUUUUAAAAUGCGCUUUACAAUGGUGUUUAUGAAAUAACAGUUUUGGCGAAAAUCGAUGAAAAAGUCUUUGGCAGAAAUUAAGUGCUUACUACAUAUUUUGAAAUAAUUAAGGCAUGAAAAAGUUAGGUUUUAGUAGGUAAAGUAUUUUAUCAGACUUUUGGUAUCAUAAUUUAUCUCUAUAAGCGUUUUACAUAUUCAAAAAUUAAUUCGAUCAUGCGCAAUCUCAUGUGGGACAUGAUAUCGCGCCACGGCGAGCCCUUGUAUUUCAAUAUGCAGUAAAAGAUUAUUACUGCUUUGCACAUACUUUACUUUAAUUAAUAAGGAAACAUUAAAUUAAUUAUGAAAAUGUCUGGACUCAUUUUUUGUUGUCACAUUAUAAUUUCAAAAAUUAUUACAUUAUACAAUUUUUAUUUUAUAAUACUUAAAUUGUUUAAAUAAGCAGCACUAAUAUAACGGUGUGAUAAUGUAAUAAUCACCCUUAUAAAGUACACAUAUCAAAAUUACAUUUCAAGCAUAAUUUAUAGGCAUUUAAUUCAAAGCGCGAUACCAUGCCCUACUCUGCCCUAGCACUUGAAAAGUAUUUGCUAAAGCUGAUAAUAUUAGAUCAUUUUUUUUAUCACAAUAAAUUGAUGCAUCUAGAAUUGCUUUUUGUGAUAAAUACUUCAUAUGAUUUAACAGUUUAAAUCAUUUUUGUUUUUUUAUUUUACCAUUAGAGUAAGUUUAUACUGUUCGUGGAAAUCAGCGUGCUUCUUUUUUUUAUUUGGCCUCACUUCAUAUAAUUUUCUUUUUGUUUGAAAAUAUAUUAUAUGUUUUGGGAAUAGUUAAACUGCGAUAUGCCGUCUAGUGACAAAAAUCCGAAUUAGAAAGAAUAGGUACGAUUUUGAAGAUGCAUUUUUAAUUGUAAAUAAAAUUGUUUUUACGAAUUUUUUUUAAAGUUUAAGUGUUUAUAGGAUAAUCAAAUUAAAUCUUUAUCAUAAACAAACAGCUUUAGAUGAAAUUUACAUAUUAUACAGUGAAAAAAAGCAUUUUUCGACAGAAAUAUUAUUCUAAAAAAAAUAUUGUACUAUUCAUUGUGAUUUUCAGAACAUUAUCAACCUAAAUGGACCUAUUUUGAAGCAAAAAUGAACUCAAAGUACAUUUUUAUUAAUUUAUACCUGAAAUAUUUACUAUUUUAAAAACUGAUCUGAAAGCUAGGUUAAAAUUCAUAUUCAAAUUCGCUAUAUACAUUAACUAAAGUUUAACUCGACGUGUCCAAAUGACAAGGUGCCAUCUCGGCAGAACGAAAUAAAAAGGUGCCAUCUCGGGUGGCGAAACUUGAAAGAUUGAGAAUCCCAUAUAAAUAGUAUUGGGUACACUAAUGCCUUCUGAUGUAGGGAACCUUUUUAUUUGGUUCUGCCGAGAUGGCACCUUAUCAUUUGGACACGUCGAUUUAAGUUUACGAUGGAUUGAAACUUACAUGAAAUUGUGAAAUAAUGGUUUGUUUUUUAUAACCUAUUUGACCCAAAUGUGUUUUUUCACUGCAAAAGAUGGAAAUUCUAUCUAAAACGAUUUGUUUUUAUUAAUAAUUGUUUUUAAUAUUCAAUCAUUGUUUUAUACGUAACAAAACAAUUGUAAAAACACUUAUAUGCAAAAAUCAAAAGACAUCUUUAAAAUUGUACCUACUCUUUCUAGUUAAAGGUUUCAGCACCAGGUGGCGAAAUGGUAGAUUACCAUUCCCAAUAGAUUACCCAUCAUAUUCUUUUUGAUUUACCAGCAACUAUGGUUUUUCCUAUAAGCACGUGUAAUGCGAUUCAAAUUUGGCAGCCAAUUACUAAUUAUUUGAUACUAAUAUUAUUAUUAAUAUUGAUUGUUACUAAUUAUUUUAUUUUUAUCUGCGUUAUUCGUUCCGUAUGAUUUAUCAUUUACUAUAAAAAACUCACUGGACUUUCUACUAAAGUUAAACAUCA